CCUCCCACUCCAGUUCUCCCUUUCCUCACAUUUACCCAGGCAGCAGGCUCUGGAGAUGCACUCUGAUGCGUUCGAUGUUAUCCCCUUCGAGGAUAUCAAGGGAGACUGGAAGAAGCUUGGAUCAGGCUCCUUUGGAAAUGUCUACAAGGGAAACUACCUGGGUAUCGAUGUGGCCAUAAAAGAGGUCCUACCGUCAAAUGACUAUGAUGUCGCAAAGUACUUUGAGCGCGAAUGGAGGCUCAUGAAGGAGGCACGCCAUCCAAACGUCGUUCUCUACCUCGGUCUCUCCAGAGCACCCGAUCCCGACGGCCGUAUAUUCAUCAUUUCCGAGUUUAUCGACGGUGGCAGCGUGCGCCAGUACAUCCACGACAAGUCCAAACCCUUCCCCUGGCGCCUCCGCCUCUCUUUCGCCACCGACAUCGCCCGCGCCCUCGCCUACCUCCACGCCCGCCGCUGCAUCCACCGCGACCUCAAGGGCGAGAACCUCCUCGUCACCUCCAACGGCCGCAUCAAGAUCACCGAUUUCGGCUUCGCCCGCAUCGCCGCGCGCAACGCCGACGAGUCCAAGCGCCUCACCUUCUGCGGCACCGACUCGUACAUGUCCCCCGAGAUCCUCGUCGGCAACGAGUUCGACCUCCCCACCGACAUUUACUCCCUUGGCAUUAUCUUCUGUGAAAUCGCCGCGCGCAAGCUCGCGGACGACAAGCACUUCCGCCGCGUCGCGCCCUUCUUCGCCAUCGACGCCGACGAGGUCCGCUCCUCCGUCUCCCCCGGGUGUCCAGACGCGUUCAUUGCCCUCACGCUCGACUGUCUCGCCAAUGACCCGGCACAACGCCCCACUACCCGCACAAUCCUCGAGCGCCUGGCGCAGAUCGAAGCUGACAUCCUGGCCCAGCCGUCAGAGGGCGACGAUGCGCCCAUUGGCACUGUCAAGUUCAUGACCGGCGUCAAACGCCCAUCUGCUGCGCCCCGCAUACCCAGCUUCGGUAUGGGCGUCGGCAAGGAUAUCCGCAACGGGAACGGCAACGCCCACGACUCGAGUGAUGACGAGACCAGCGAAGACGAGCUCAUGGAAGCAGUCAUGGGUCUCCGGAACGUCGAUCUCAACAGCCACUUCAGUCACGCUGACCGGGACAGCACCACCCGCGGCGACAGCGCGCAGCCGCUCAUCGACGACAGCUCCUCCCUCUACUCCGAGUACAGCACGACCGUCAUCCGCUCGCACCCGCACACGCCCUCGGAGCCGCCCUCGCUCUCCUCCAUCCUCACCAUCCGGCCCUCGCCCGACCCGAACGGCUCGCCCUCGCCCAUCCCGGGCGGCGCGCAGAGCGCGUUCACGACGCCCGGCGAGUCGUCGCUACUCUCGAUCGAGUCGUACCGCACCGCGCGCUCGAGCAUCGCGAGCGCCAGCAUCGCCGCGGCCACCGAGGGCGGGUCGACGAUCCGCUCACUCCGGCCGCCGGCGAGCGCGCUCGUACACCGCUUCACACUGAUCAAGCCCGGCGCGAAGAGGGGCAGCGGGAGCGGCGGGAUGAGCCCCACGCGCGCGAGGGAGGCGGUGAACCACGAGCCGACGUGGAGCCCGCUGAAUGUGUUCUUCUCGAGCGGGUUGUUGGUGUCCAAGUGUGAUCUGUGUAAUAAGCGGCUCGGGUGGAAGCCUGUGCUGGAGUGUGAUGACUGUGGGCUGAGGGCCCAUACGAAAUGCGGAGAGAUGGCUCCUAUGGAUUGUGGCCUCCGUCCGACCCGGCCGGUUGUCCACCACCGAUCCCCAAGCCCCUCGCCUGGGGGCAAGAAGACCAAGGCAUCAUAAUACCACGAUCACGACUUUCACGAAGGACGACGAGCGGCGUAGAAAUAUUCUUUGCUUCAUCGGCAGAUACGACGAUGUGACGAUCCGCAUUGCAUUCCUACACAUUCCAAAUUAUUUUACGACGAACGGACAGAGUUCUGUAAUUUCUUGUUUCACGUAUACGCAUCCACACCCAGCAUUUUUGACAUUCCCCCCGAUGUGCAAGCCUCUAUUUACAUAACGCAGUGUUUCGAGAGAGUAGUGUAGCCUUGCAACGAGAACUUCUAUUUAUUC